AUGAUUUGCCACAAAAAAUACCUAAUAUUUAAGGAGCCUUACACUAUUGAAUUACACUCAAAUAAAAUUGUAUUACAAAAUGUAAUAAAAUAUUGAGAUUUUAAGAUAGCAUAAAAGAUUACUCAUAUUCUUUAAUUAGAAUAGGGUUCUGUAGUGGAUUGGAAGUUGGAUAAAAAAGAUUGCAAAGUUCUUGCUUUAGGUAUUCAAAUUGAUAAUAAAUGGGAAUAUUUCUAUAUGAAAUAAUAAAAUCUAACUCUACUAAAGGAUUUUCUUGAUGGGAAAGUUCUAUAUUAUGAUAUAUUUAAAUUGUAUCUAAUUAUAGGUUUUCUUGGUAAAGGAGCAUUCGGAAAAGUAAAAUAUUAUGUUAUUUUCUUAGGUUUUUAAAUGUUAAAAUAAAUAUAAUGGAAGAAUAUUAGCUUGUAAAUCACUUAGGAAGAGUAGCAAAUACAAUGAGAAAGUAUGAAUAAUUGAUCUAUAGAUAAGGAUUUUAUUAAUGAAGUUUAGUGUAUGUAAAAUCUUAAGCAUCCAAAUUUAGUGUAACUUAAAGAGUUUUCAAUAGAAUAGAACUAUUUUUACAUUCUAAUGGAAUAUGUUGAAGGAGAGACAUUGAAAAAUUUAAUAAAAAAUAAUUUGUUAGAUGAGAAAGAGAAGAUAAUUAUAGUUUAAGUAUAAUAUCAUUAAAUUAGUAAUUAUUAUCGUUGGUUAAUUAUUUUCAUUUAGAAGGAUAUAUUUAUAGAGAUUUUAAACCAGAAAAUAUAUUAUUUAUAGAAAAUAAUGUUAAUAAACUUAAAUUGAUAGAUUUUGGACUUACAAUUAAGAUUGAUGAGAUUGUUAGUAACAAAUAUUAGGUAUGUGGUACACUUGGUUAUAUUGCUCCUGAAGUAUUUUAGAGAACUUAUAAAUAUGAUUUUAAAUCAGAUAUAUUUAGUUUAGGGGCAUUGAUUUAUGAAUUGUAAGUAUUUAAGUUUAUAUAAUUAGAUUUUCUGGAAUAUAUUUAUUAUAAAAUUGUGAUUCUUAAGAAUUAUAAAAUAUGAGUAAGAAAUUCUAAAUAAAUAAAGAAAUACUAUCAAAUAUUAAGAAUUAAACUAUUUAGAAGUUAUUGUAUGGAAUGUUACAAGAAGAUCCUGAUUAAAGAAUAAAUAGUAGGGAAGCUAUUGAUAUAUUUAAAUAAGGGUAUUAAAAUUGUGAUGAGUUGUUGACUACUAAUACAGAUUGA